CAACACAACAUAGCUUUCAACUAUGAACUCUAACCUCUGUGGAACCCACAUGGUCGGUUCGCAGGUUCGCAGCAUGCCUGUUUCCAAAAGUGAAUUGCAACAAAACGGGACAAUGAGUAAAGCUAAAGGGAAAAGUGUAAAAAGAAGAAAUUCUGAAGAGGACGAAGAUCAGCUUCCUAUUUUUAAUACUGAUGGUGAGGGCCACGGUCUGAAAGAUGAUGAAGAGGAUGAAGACCUGUCUGACAGUGCAGAGAGUGUAUUCUCAGGUCUAGAGGACUCUGGGAGUGACAGUGAUGAUGAAGACGAUGAUGAAGACGAAAGUGAUGAGAAAGAUGAGCACAAAGAGGCCCCUACUGCAGACAGCAGUAGCACUUCUGUAGAACUGACAUCUGUAGAAAAACAUCCACUGGCUCUCCCCUCCAAGACAAAGGCCAGACUUCAGGGCCAGAAACAGAAAUCUCCUCUGAAGGAGAAGAUGAAGAAGGGGAGGGUGAGCGCGUCUGAGGAUGGAGGAGGAGGAGGAGGAGUGGGGGAGAGUGGACAAUCGGAGCUGGACAGUGAAGUGUCGAAGCCCGUUCCUCCGCCGAAGGACGAAUAUGAGCAGGAUUCCUCAGACGAGGAGGAUAUUCGCAACACUGUUGGCAACAUUCCAAUGGAGUGGUACAACGACUACCCCCAUAUUGGCUAUGACCUGGAUGGAAAGAAGAUCUUCAAGCCAAUCAGAAACAAGGAUGAGCUGGAUGAGUUUUUGGACAAGAUGGAGAACCCUGAUUACUGGCGCACCGUCCAUGAUAAGAUGACCGGUGCUGAUAUCCGACUCUCAGACGACCAGGUCGACCUUGUCCACCGCCUCCAACAGGGCCAGUUUGGGGACGUCAACUUUAACGAAUACGAGCCUUCUGUGGACUUUUUCACUCACGAAACGAUGAUCCACCCCGUGACCAACCGACCGCAAGACAAGCGCAGCUUCAUUCCUUCCCUAAUCGAAAAGGAGAAGGUGUCCAAGCUGGUCCACGCUAUAAAGAUGGGCUGGAUUAAGCCUCGCAAGCCCAAGGAAACGGCCCCGCAGUACUACGACCUGUGGGCCAAGGAGGACCCCAACGCCAUCUUAGGGAGGCACAAGAUGCACGUUCCGGCACCCAAGAUAAGGCUCCCUGGACACGAGGAGUCCUACAACCCUCCCCCGGAGUACCUGUUAACGGAGGAGGAGAAACUGGCGUGGGAGCAGCAGGACCCUCAAGACCGGAAGCUGGCCUUCAUCCCGCAGAAACACUCCUGCCUCCGCGCCGUGCCGGCCUUCUCCCGCUUCAUCCACGAGAGGUUCGAGCGCUGCCUGGACCUCUACCUCUGCCCCCGGCAGCGCAAGAUGAGGGUGAACGUGGAUCCCGAAGACCUGAUUCCAAAGCUGCCCAAACCAAAAGACCUGCAGCCUUUCCCCACCACGCAGUCCCUGGUCUACCGCGGUCACUCCAGCUUGGUGCGCUGUAUUAGCGUGUCCCCCACUGGGCAGUGGCUGGCUUCGGGCUCUGACGACUGCACCGUUCGCCUCUGGGAGGUCGGCACGGCCCGCUGCAUGAAGACCAUCGAGGUGGCCGGAGCCGUGAAGAGCAUCGCCUGGAACCCCAACCCUGCCGUCUGCCUGGUGGCAGUCUGCUUUAAUCAGACCGUGUUGGUGUUGAACCCGGGCUUGGGAGACAAGCUGACCUGUAGCUCCACCGAUCAGCUGAUCUCCUCCUACGUGGAGCCAGAGGAGGAGAAGACGCAGUCCGUCCAGUGGGUGGCCGCUGAGGGGAGGGACCAGGAGAAGGGUGUCCGCCUCACCAUCAACCAUCCUAAGGCUGUCAGGCAGGUGACCUGGCACGGAAAAGGGGACUACCUGGCCAGCGUAAUGCCGGACAACAGCAGCCUGCAGGUGCUCAUACACCAGAUAAGCAAGCGGCGCUCCCAGAACCCCUUCAACAAGAACAAGGGCCUGGUGCAGUGCGUAUCCUUCCACCCCAUCCGGCCCUACUUCUUCGUGGCCACACAGCGCUCCGUCAGAGUCUACAACCUCAUCAAGCAGGAGCUCACCAAGAAACUCAUGGCUAACUGCAAGUGGGUUUCCAGCAUGGCCAUCCACCCUGGAGGCGACAACGUGAUCUGCGGCAGCUACGACAGCAGGCUGGCCUGGUUUGACUUGGACCUCUCCACAAAGCCCUACAAAGUCCUCCGGCACCACAAGAAGGCCCUGAGAGGGGUGGCCUUCCACAGGCGCUAUCCGCUCUUCGCCUCCGGGUCCGACGACGGCAGCGUGAUCGUCUGCCACGGCAUGGUCUACAACGAUCUGCUCCAGAACCCUCUCAUCGUCCCUGUGAAAGUGCUAAAGGGCCAUGCAAUCACCAGCGACCUGGGUGUCCUCGACGUCACCUUCCACCCCACCCAGCCCUGGGUCUUCUCCUCUGGAGCCGAUGCCACCAUUCGCCUCUACUCCUAGACCUCCUCAUCGGUGGUCCACACCAGGGGGCGCCACUCACCGAUUCUGUCACACUUUGGGCCUGGAAUGAACAGUCUCACUCAGGAAGUUAUAUCUUUCUGUAGUGUGGACCUACUCAAGCUGCUGUAACCAAGUCCAGCUGAGAAGGGCGUGAUAGAUUUUCUGAAGAGCGUCCCCCAUUCGGAUUAGAUUAGUGUCUUGUGUUCUGAGCGAUGAUGUAAAAGAUGUUCUGCUAACUUGUGUUAAGGGAGUUCAGCUCUCCAGUGACAGGAGAGCAAAUUGAUAAAUUGGCUGUUGUAUUACUCGUUUAUUCCUGAUUUUAAAGUCACAGAACCAAUUGUUGCCUGAGUGGAGAGAGAAAAAAGUUUGGUUCCAUACACCGACCCAAGUCUGGACUAGGCUAGCCUGUUCCAGUUCUCUGAAAUAUACUGCUGCCAUUGCUGUGAGCCUAGCACAUAAAGUCUAACCACAAAUGCAUGGAUUUCGAGACUCCUUAUGAAAAGUAAGAUGUUCAGAGAAAGGCUUGCCAAUGGAAACAACCAUUGAGACCAUAGCUGUUGUGCCCCUUGACAAGUCCUUCCCAGCAAAUAAAUGUGCAAGUUCUCCCCUUUAAUUUAAAAACGGGAAAGACAUAUCAAUUUGUUCCGCUGGGCUGGUGUCGGUGUUGUUACGGAGUUGGUGAUAGAUUGUUUUUACUCGCAGAAUAUACACCGGACCUUUCCUGUUUCUAAAAAAAAAAAAAAAUUGAAUUAUGCUUUUUAAUUAAAAAUGGUGUUCCCUGAA